AUGUGCAUUUUCAAAGCGCUAUGUCUUAAAAGGAGUAUGGACUAUCCUAUAUUAAUUAGUGAAAAAGAUGCAUUAAAAUUACAUAUAACUGAAAUAAAAAUACAAACAAUUUGUGACGAUGGAUGUUGUGAACAAUCUUUACCGAUGUAUGAUAUAAAAAAUGACAAUGAGAAUUAUGAUGAAAAUCUAGAUUAUGGGGAUAACAAACAUAUUGAUACUAAUGAGAAUUUAAAUGAUUAUGAAACAUAUAAUGAUAAUAAUGAUAAUAAUGAUGACAUUAGUUAUGAUAAUGAUUAUGAUGACAAUGAUUAUAUACACCAAGAUAAACAUACAGAGGUGGAUUUAAAAGAAAAUGACACUGAACAUUUAAAUAAUGUUAAUGAAAAUAUUAAUGAUAAGAAUGAUAAUAAUGAUAAUGUUAAUGAGAAGAAAAGAAAGAAUAGAUUAAAGAAAUCUAAAAGAAGAGGACUUAAGAAGAUUAUUCUUAGUAUAGAAGAACAGAAGGCAGAAUUAGAAGCGAAAAGAAAGGAUAAGAAGUAUAUUGAAGCAGAGUUUAAGUGUUUUAAUUGUGCUAUAGGUUUCUUAUUUAAGGAUACCUAUCAGGCGCAUAUGAUGAGGCAUGAAGAGUCUAACGGUCAGUACUCAUGCCCUAUCUGCACCCUCCGCGUGUCAUCUCUAUCUCUCCUCCGCGCGCACACGUCGCGUCACUCGGAGCGCUCCGUGUGUGUGAGGUGCGGGGUUCGAGUCCCGGGCAGGCAACAUGUUUGUAAACACACGAGAACCCGCUCGUUACCAUGCCAUAUGUGCGCUAGAUUGUUCACGGACGCGAGUGGUCUCCAACAGCAUUUAAAGCGAGUCCACACAAGCAAGACUAGCGGCAGACUACACAACUGUACCGUCUGUGGGGAGACGUACAACACACAGGGGGCGCUGAGGACGCACAUGAUUAAACACAUCAACCGUAAGUUCCCGUGCGAGCUGUGCCCGUCUGUGUACAGUAGUCCGUACACACUCAACCAGCACAUGAAGACACACAGCCAAGUACCGGAGACAUACUACUGUGAGACAUGUGACGCUAGCUUCACUAGUAGGAAGGGGUUGAUGGCUCAUAGACGAAAUACGAUUAAACAUCAACAGACACUUUUCGAGUGUCCUAUAUGCGGUCGCGUGUGUCCCAACCAGCGAUCUUUGGCCUCUCAUAUACAGGCUGUUCACUCUGCUAGUAAGGAGUACGUCUGUUCUCUGUGCAGCGCAAGUUAUACUAGCCGGAAGUCGCUCGUACGACACUUGGGCACGCACAGAAAUAGCACAGGAGGGACGCUGGCUGUGUGCCAUCUGUGCGGGAAUUGUUUCAAGGGUAACAACAAACUCAACAGACACUUAAGAGAUGUUUGCGAGAAGGCGAAAAUUGAAGAAACAACUAAUAAUUAUGAAUAA